GAGCAAAAUUUUGUGUGACUUUAAGAAAGGUUUUGGGGACUGGGAGAUUUGUAGUUUAACGCUUAUAUUGUGUUUUGGUAUGUUAGGUAAACCUUUAGUUGUGAGAAGAGAAUAUUAUUUGUUUAUUAUGGUUUAAAGAGAGGCCGCAAGGCCCUGAGUUGGUGAGUGUGAGAGAAAGUCUUACUUAAAAAUUUCCAGCUAAAGGCUCUCGAAAAGACCUUUAAAGAUUUCUAUUUCAAAAUGUAUUGGGAGUCCAAUGUGUAAACAAGACUUUUUUUAGAUUAAAUAAAUUUAAAAAUUAUUAAUAAUAAUAACAAGUAUUAAAUUAAUUUAAAUAAUAUGAUGAAUCAAAACGUGUGUCGCUGCUGUUUAAAGGAAAAUCCUUCAAAAACCUAUAAGAUAUUCGAUAAAUAUAGCAAUUUAUGGGAGGAUUUAAAGGUGUGUUUACCGUUUUCCAUAAAAUGUGAAAACAAUGAUGGUUUGCCACAAAUAAUCUGUGUUGAAUGCUGGCUGCAGGUGCAACAGUUUAAAGCAUUUCGCCAGCAAUGUGUGCUGGCCGAUGAGCAGCUACGGCAACGUUAUACGGAUUAUAAAAAUCAAGCUGUAGAAGAGGUCUUGGGUUUGAUAGAGAAGUUAAGACAGGAAGAUAAUAAUGUGAUAACUAACUGGCAGGAGAAAGAAGUAGAGGAGUUUAAUGAAUUUCCUCAUGAUUUAAAUGAUUUUGAUAACUUUGAAUUUUCUCACCUGCCAAGUGAUUUGGAUUUAUAUAGCUCUUCCCAUGAUAGUGGUAUAUUUGAGGAGAAUUUAUCGCCACAAAGUUGUUACAAUUUUGAAAAUUUUCUACAAUCUUCCACAAAUCAAAAAAACUUAAAUGAUAUUCCCUCACCUUCUACUAAAUCUUCAGAUUCAGAUAUUUCCUCUAGAAGAAAAUCCUAUAAAGGACCUUUUCCUUGCAAUUAUUGUGAUAAAAAAUUUACCCGUAAUUUUCAACUGAAACUACAUCUUAUAUCGAUACAUCAAAUAGGCGAUGGCCUACAGUAUACCUGUCAAAUCUGCACAAAAACUUUUGCCUCCAAUCACAGUUUAAGUUAUCAUCAGAAAUCGGUGCAUUAUCAGCAAAAACCUCAUUUUUGUCCUCAAUGUGAUCGACAAUUUGUGCUCAAAUCUCAAUUGGUAUCACACAUGCGCAUACAUACUGGCGAAGCUAAACCGCGCAUCUUUGAGUGUCAGGAGUGUGGUAAAAAAUGGCCCACUAGAUCUGAUCUAAGAACCCAUAUGAGAUCUCAUGACCCCAACAUGGAAAGACCCUUUAAAUGUGAUCGCUGUGAAAAGAGUUUUUUCACUCGAGGCCAUUUAACCUCACACCAGUUAGUGCAUACUGGAGAGAAACCAUUUGCCUGUGAGUACUGCAAUAGAUCAUAUCAAAGUGUUGGUAAUCUAAAUAAUCAUAUGGCUCGACGCCAUAUCAAGGAAAUAGUGCAUAGAGAGCAGAAAUCCCUAGAGGAUUCUCCUAUAGCUAAUGACGACAGGCAAGAAGAAAUGGUAUUAAUGGAACUUUAAAAUAUUAAAAAAAAUGUUUUUGAUAAUAAUUUUUAUUUAAAAAGUUAUAGUCAAGGUAUUAGUUUUUUUGCAAAUUUAAAUUCUAUAUAUAUAUGUUUGUUUUCCUUUUAACUUUUGUUUUCCUUUUUAACAUUAACAUAUUCUCCCAAAAAUAGUAUUAAUGAUUCAUAAGAUAAGUUAACAUCUAUGUUUAGUAUUAAAUAAUUAAAAUUAAUUUCUAUUAAUUAAAA